GUUUUCCUCGGUUUGCAUGUUAAUGUGGAGGCGUUAUUGACAUGCCCCUCAGAUUUAAAGCAAGAAGAGCCUUCUCUGUCUGGAUCAGUUGUGUGGUUUAAGUUUUGCUGAUCUUACAUUGACAGUCAACUACUCUUGCAUCAAAAUGCAGAUGGCGCCAGUGUACUUCAUUGUUCUUCUGAUGCUUCAGUCUGGACUCUUGAAUGGAGAUGAACCAAACUGUCCUGCUCAUUGUGGAGUACCAGGCACUCCUGGUCUGCCUGGAAAAGAUGGGGCCAUUGGACCUAAAGGAGAGAAGGGAGAGCCAGGAGUGGUAGGGCCAUCUGGACCCCGAGGACCACCUGGACCCCAAGGAAUAAAAGGGCCACCAGGUCUACCAGGGAAUCUUGGAGGUGACAUCACAUCUCCAAAAUCUGAGAUGCAGCUUCUAAGUGCAAAGAUUGCCAUGAUAGAGAAAGUUGCUAGUUUUGAUGCAUUCAGAAAGGUUGGAGAGAAAUAUUUUGUAUAUGAUCGUUUUGUAGAAAGUUUCGAUAAGGGGAUUCAAUACUGCAAGGAAAUUGGUGGAGCAAUUGCUUUGCCAAGAAAUGCCGAUGAAAAUAAAGCUUUGUUAAAACUAUCAGUAGCCAGUGGAUUAAGUAUCAACCCAUAUAUUGGAGCCACAGACAGAGAUAAAGAAGGACAGUUUGUAGACAAUAAUGGAAAACCCUUGACUUUUACCAACUGGGAAUCAGGUCAACCUGAUGAUUAUAUGGGAGCACAAGACUGUGGUGUUCUCAGAGUGUGGUCUGGUUUUUGGGAUGAUGUUGGUUGUGAUGAUAAACUUCCUAUCAUAUGUGAAAUAGAAAUCAAAUAAUGUGCUUCAUUCAGGAUAUAAGUAACUAAACAAAUGUAUGGUAUAAUUACACUAUCCAGUGUUCGAAUUGAGGGGUCUGGGGGGGUCCCGGACCUGCUAUAACCCUUUAUUUUUAUUAAAAUUAAAAUACUACAUGAAAUUCAAAAUUCUCAUGUUGUGCUGUCACAAAGCGAUUUGUCCCAAUUUCGCAAUAAACUAAUUCAAAUGAUUUCUGUCUGAAAUAAAUAUAAACUCUCAAGUGCGCCUCAUGCUGUUUUCUGGAGGAAUUGACAGACGAGUUAAUGUCUCUGUCUGCGUGUGGAGUAUUUUCAUCUCAGUGACGGUAAGAAUAUUUAGUAAUUUUUAGGGUUAGCGUUUAUUUUCUUUUAAUUCUUCUCAAACUAUUAUUUCAUAUCAGUGGCGAAUACACACUCAAAUUGACAGCUGGUCCACCAAGUCAAAAGAAACACAAAAUAUUUUAUUGGGAAAGCAGAAAUCACGCAUAAAUGAUAAUAAAUGAUAGUCUCUUUAUAAUCGCUCAAAUACGCAUCAUUCAGAAAUAAAUAACUAUUUAUAGAAAGUUAACUUUUGCAUGUGUUUUUUAAACCUUGCAAAUGUUAACAUGCAAGCGAUUUUAAACUCUUUGAGCGCAAGAUGUCAAAGUGAGCUGUUGUGGACAGACAAAGACGCACACUCAAAAGCGUACACACGGAUACGCGGGUUUCCUAGCAUGCAAACACAAAAUUAUCUCAAAAUACCACAGUCUUGGCACCUAUUCUUAUAAAAACAUUCAGUUAUGUCUUAAAGUGAGUGCAAACAGUUCAGAAAGAAGUCAGAUCUUUGUGUUGGUCUGAAAGUAGCUGUUCUUAUCUGCUUAUGUUUGUGUCAUUUAUAUUAAUUAAACAACAGAAAACAAAGGAAAAUCACUUCUGUAUCUUUAAAAAGAUUAAUUAUAUUUAAUUUAUAAAGAAGACAGUGUUAAUGUUUAUUUGAUUCUAUUUAUGUACCUAAAUACUACUGUUAGAUCUUUAUUUGUAACUUUGUUCUUUUCUAUUUUUAUAUGCUCAUCAUUUCUUAAUUUGUUCUUAUUUUAUUUUCCCAGCCCCAGUUUUGCUGACCCGAAAAUUAUUCGAUCUAUGAUUUAAAAUGUAAUCCAUUUAACCAAUACUAUAUAGUAAAUUUAUGUAAUUUGAGAGUAGCCAUUGAGGUCCACACUAUUUCACCCCUAUUCUGUUUAAAAUGUCUGGCCUUGCGGCAGUGUUUCACAUUAUUUUGAGGGGUAAAAAACGUUUAGGGUUUGAGUUAAGGGUAAAUUUGGGUUUAUUUGAUUACAACCAGGAUCAGAUGAUUGUUGAUCAUUGAUCACAUCUUACUUUGUCAAAUUACAGCGACCCUAUAAUGAGGGGGGUGGGGCUUGGUCGGGGGGUGGGGCUUAGCUAGGGGACUCCCCAGCUUUGACAUAAUUCGAACACUGACACUAUCUGUCUGUCUACUAUUCUAGCAUGAAUAACAUUACAGUUAAAUAAUCAAGUAAUAACUCUCUAUUAUUCAUUAUGAAAUUGUGUUACCAGUUUAAUUAAAGAGAUUUUUUAUAAUAGUCAAACAAAAUAAAAGCAUAUUCAUGGCAAACACA